AACCCUUUUCCUUCUCUCUCUCCACCUUCUCUUCUCAUCUUGCGUAGCACCCACAACAAAUUUUUCCCUCGAUUUCUUGAUCUGCCGCUGUUCUUGAUCUUUCUCUCCGAAGAUCAGAGAGAGAGAGAGAGAGAGAGAUGCGUUGAAAAAGCCCGAAGCUUCUUUUUUUUGCAUGUUUUCCUCUCGAGGGUACAGUAAAAGUCUCGAGAUGUGUUGAGCAGAAGAAGAGUUUGGAUUCUCCACUUGAUUUUGUCAGUAGGGUUCUUCGAAUUUCAAUUGCUCGGAGGAUUUAAGCCUGGGAGAUGAGUGGAUGUCUCCCCUGCUGCUUCGGGUCUUCGGCUAAGGAAGGUGCUGCGAAAGAAUCAGUGAAGAAGGAAGCUUCAGCUAAAGACGUCUCACUUGCUCACUCCCACCAUGUCAGUUCAGAAAAAUCGAAAUCUAAAGGAGGUUCCGAACACAAGAAAGAAGCGGCAGCUGGAAAAGACGGGGCGACAGCACAUAUAGCAGCACAGACAUUUACCUUCCGAGAAUUGGCUGCUGCCACAAAUAACUUCAGACCCGAAUGCCUUCUCGGGGAAGGCGGAUUCGGACGUGUUUACAAGGGUCGCCUUGAAAGCCCAGGACGGAUAGUUGCGGUUAAACAGCUAGACCGAAAUGGCCUACAAGGGAACAGAGAGUUUCUUGUAGAGGUUCUAAUGCUGAGUCUCCUCCACCAUCCAAAUCUCGUGAGUCUGAUCGGUUAUUGUGCUGACGGCGAUCAACGCCUUCUCGUUUACGAGUUCAUGCCUUUAGGUUCAUUGGAGGAUCACCUUCAUGAUCUUCCACCUGAUAGAGAGCCUCUAGAUUGGAACACGAGGAUGAAAAUAGCUGCGGGGGCAGCCAAGGGACUGGAGUAUCUGCACGACAAAGCGAACCCGCCCGUGAUCUAUCGGGAUUUAAAGUCGUCGAAUAUACUUCUAGGGGAAGGAUACCAUCCAAAGUUAUCAGAUUUUGGGCUAGCGAAAUUGGGGCCAGUCGGGGAUAAAACGCAUGUAUCGACCCGUGUUAUGGGCACGUAUGGCUAUUGCGCGCCGGAAUACGCAAUGACCGGCCAGCUCACCCUCAAGUCCGACGUCUAUAGCUUUGGAGUCGUGUUUCUGGAGCUCAUCACGGGUCGUAAGGCCAUUGAUAAUGCCCGAGACCCUGGGGAACACAACCUCGUUGCAUGGGCGAGGCCGUUGUUCAAGGACCGGAGAAAGUUUCCGAAGAUGGCAGACCCAUUGCUGCAAGGGAGAUACCCGAUGCGCGGGCUAUAUCAGGCGCUUGCAGUUGCAGCGAUGUGUUUGCAAGAGCAGGCGGCCACGAGGCCGCUCAUAGGCGACGUGGUGACGGCUCUAACUUACUUAGCAUCGCAAAGUUACGAUCCAAACGGCAGAGGGGGGCGGCAUCCGGUCAGGACGAGAGAUGAACUGAGGAGGAGCAGCCAUGGCAGCCCGGCAGAGACCAGAAGCCGGCUGGGGUCACCUGCCAGUGCCACGCAUCGAAACUCUCCGGAUUGUAGGAGAAGGGACUUGAUGAAUUCAGGGUCGGAUUUGUGAAUCUUAACAGGGACAGGGAGGGAUUAGUCUUGUUUACUUUCAUGACAUGUUAGCCUUUGAGGUUAUUGCUGUUAUUACAAAUCAACUUGAAAAUGAUUUUACUC